UUAUUUUUUGUGUUUAAUAAAAACAUAAAAAAGACUUUUGAAAGAAUUUAAGGAGAAUUUAAAGCUAAAAUCAGAAGCAGCCCAGGGCUGCUUCUGAUUCUAGAUUGUGUGGGAAUCUAAAAAGCCUCUUUAAUGAAAUUUUUGUUAUUACGACUUUACUCCUGCUGAAUGAGAAAACAAUUCCAGACCCAAAAAAUUUUUGCUCUUCGCGGUCAUGUUCCUCUCCUCUUCCUCUACGAUCUCCCCCGCCGCUUCAACGUUGGCAUGCUCAACCGCUGGAGGUCCGGCCAGAUGCCGGUCACCGCCCACCGAAGAACUCUGGCCUUAAGCGGCAGCACAGUGUCGAGUACUGGAUGAUGGUCUCACUUCUGUACGACGAUGAUGGGAGAGAGGUCGUUAGGGUUUCGGAUCCGUAAAUGGCUGAAGCCUUUUUCUUGCCGUUCUUCUCCUCUGUCACAGUCUAGUUCAUUUGGGUGGAAUUUGGUAGUCGGUUAUAUUUUGUUCAUUUGAGGUUGCUGGAGUUUGUCUUUUUGCUUUUUUUUUUUGUUUGGAAUUGUUCGGGACCGAUUCAGAUCUCGAAGGCCAUGUCGCGGGAGAGACCUAAGAGAGGCGUACUACCCCCAGCUCAAGAGAAUAUUGAGAAGUUAAAGAAAGUUCUUGAAGAGGGUAAUUACUAUGGAGCCCAACAAAUGUAUAAAUCUAUAAGUGCAAGAUAUGUCUCUGCUCAGAGGUAUAUGGAAGCUUUGGAUAUACUUUAUUCAGGUGCCUGCAUUCAAUUGGAACAUGGGCAGGGAAUGUCCACUGGACUUGAAAGAAGCGAUCUCUAGUGUGUGUUUGCUGCACCAAGGUGUGCCGAAUUGCCGGAAUUACUGCAGGUUCAAAUACUAUUUGCAUCUAAAUAUGGAAAGGAAUUUGUAGCAGCUGCGUCUGAGCUCAUAUCAGAUUGCGGUGUCAAUCGCCAGAAUCGAAGGAACUAAUAAGAAGGCCAGAGUCCUAUGGAAUAGUAUGGUGCUCUCAUUGUUAUGGUCUCUGUGGAUGGAGCGGAAUGGCAUAAUUUUUUAGGAAAAGGCAGGGUCAAUUGAUAUUUUUGAGAAGGCAAAGUUCUAUGCAUUGCUAUGGGCUACUUUAGGGUUCCCGUUUACUUUGGUCAUUUUGAAUUGGAAAGAUGUUAUAGGGAAUUGAUUUGAGAUACCGUUUAUGUGUUUAUCUUGCUCUUUUUGUAUGUUAGUCAGUUUUUCACACCUGACAAUUUUUGUUUCUUUUUGGUUUGAGGAUACCUUGUCCUUUGCCCUUGUUAUUGAAUUUUAUCAAUAAAGUUUUUAUUAUAAAAAAAAUAAG